AUGGAGAGACCACUUUGGUUUCGCUGGCUGAGAGUUUACGCUUACGGCGGUGCCAUUAUCGCUACAGGAUUUGUUCUUUUUAAAUACACCACUCCCUCCGAUGAAGAGCUAAUUAGAGCACUAUCACCAGAAUUGAGGCUCCAGUUUGAAAGGGAACGUCAGCUGCGCCAGGCUGAACAGCAGGAACUCAUGAAAAUCGUUCAAGAGACAGCCAAAAGCAAAGAUCCUAUCUGGAGGACCGGUUCCAUCGAUUCACCUUUUGAAAGAAACAACAGCCAGCAGUCGCGGGAACAGUUUCAACGUGUCAAGGCGGAGGAAAUCCAGCGCGAAGAAUUACAGCGUGUUAGACAGGAACUGCAACAGAUCAGACAGGAGACCAGUGACAAGACAAGAAAGGGCCUACCUUCAAAUAACUGGUGGAAGUUCUGGUAA